AUUAUUGCUUACCUUCAUCUUGAUAUUGACUACAUCAUAAUAUUAAUAGCAUUGGUCAAAAUCUACAUCAAAGGACUAAUUAUAACCAUGCAAAAUUGGUUGAUGAUUAAAGCUACCUUGUAAAGAGACUAACCUGUCUCAAUUAUAGUGGUUAAUGAUUUUUUUCCUACAAUACUUUCUUAAAUCGGAUCUUUUUUGCUUGUCCUUUGUGACAGAGAUCUCAAUAAAUUGGCUAGUAUUGUACCUAAUUUGCAAGCAAUUUCAUUUGAAUGUAUUUUACUUACACAGGGAAGAGCUCUUUAGAAUCCUGAACAAGUCAGUAUCAGAUAUUUGCUAGACUUGGUUCUGGAAGUUUUAGUAUUUUCUUUGUGUGUCUUGCUCAUUAAUCAUUAAGUUUUAGUGUUUUCUUUGUGUUUUCUAGAUUUGUUUCCUGCUUUAAAUUUGACCCCCCUCUAAAUCUUACGCUUAAUUUAGCAGUGACUAUAUGUACCUCCUCACAAUCCUUUAUCAUUCGAUGCUUUGUGUAUUUGUUUGAUGUUAAUUCUAUGAUUCUUAAAUUAGGUUUUAUAUUUGUUUCUCCUUUGUUCUAGCUGAUUGGAUUUGUUAUUGAUCAGGGCCUAGCUGCCUUAAUUGGAUUUGUGUUCUUGUGGUUUAAUUGGCAACCUAUAAAGUGAAAGAUUCUUAAUAAGGUUUUAGAUCUUCUUCAACUCUUGCUGCUAGCUACUUUACUUUGAAAAAAGAAGGAAAAUUAUCAUUUGAAAGAGUCAUGUCAAUCGAUAAGUCAUGGAUUGGAAAACCACGAACCACGCAUGAGUAUAAAGAUGGUUUAAACAAGUUUUUGGAUUUUGCUUUUGAGCAUCGAUCUCUCGCGGGUCGUCAGAUUAAAUGCCCUUGUCCGGUGUGUGGUUUUGGCAAGUGGCAAACAAGAGAGAAAGUUUUUGAACAUUUAAUAGUCAAGCCAUUUCUAGAAAACUACAAAGUUUGGUAUUGGCAUGGUGAAGAAGUAGUUGGAGUUGGGUCACAAGUUCAUCAAACUAGUCACAUUGUACAAGAUGAUUCGACAUCUCAGCAUCCAAUGGUAACAAUGCUCAAUGACGCAUUUGGAGUUGCUGGACCUGACUUGAAUGAAGAUGGAGAUGGAGAUGAAGACAACAUAGAAGAUGGAGAUGGAGACAAUGCAGAAAAUGAAGAGCACAAUGGAGAAAAUGUAGAAUUUUACAAGUUGUUAGAAGUUGGCAAUGAACAAUUGUAUGAAGGGUGCACAAAGUAUUCAAAAUUGUCUUUCUUAAUUAGUCUGUAUCACAUAAAGUGCUUAUAUAGAAUAAGCGACAAAGCCAUGACCGAAAUUCUCAAAUUAUUAAAAGAUGCCUUUGGAAAUGCAAAGAUUUCAAUUACAUUUUAUGAGGCCAAGAAAACCAUAAAUAAACUAGGGCUUAAUUAUACCAAGAUACCUGCUUGCCCUAAUGACUGCAUGUUAUAUUGGGGGGAGGAUGAAGAUUUGCAAGAAUGCAAAAGAUGCAAGACAUCUAAAUGGAGCGAUGCUAAAAAGAAGAAACCAGCAAAGAUCUUGCGAUACUUUCCACUAAAACCAAGACUUCAACGAUUAUUCAUGUGUUCUAAGACUGCUCAAUCAAUGCAAUGGCAUGCUUUGGCAGAAAAGAAAGAUUCGAAGAUGAGGCAUCCGCGGGAUUCUGAAGCUUGGAAGACAUUUGAUUUACUUCAUGAUAGGUUUGCCGAAGAUCCUCGAAAUGUACAUCUUGGUCUUGCAGCUGAUGGAUUCAACCCCUUUGGAGCUAUGUGUACAAACUAUAGCGUUUGGCCAGUGGUGCUUAUUCCAUACAAUCGGCCUCCAUGGGAGUGUAUGAAGCCAACAUCACUUAUCUUGUCAAUGAUUAUUCCUGGAGAGAAAAUGCCGGGGAACAACAUAGACGUAUACUUACAACCUCUUAUUAAAGAGUUAAAAGAUUUGUGGUAUGAUGGUGUUCAAACAUUAGAUAGGUUCAGGAAUGAAAUGUUUACAUUGCGAGCAGCAUUAAUGUGGACAAUUAGUGAUUUUCCAGGCCUUGGUAACUUAUCUGGGUGGAAUAUACACAGUAAAUAUGCUUGUCCUACAUGUAACUUCAGCACUGAUUCAUAUAGAUUAAAGCAUGGUGGAAAAUGGUAUUUUUUGGGGCAUCGCCGUUUCUUAGAAAGGGGUCAUAAGUUUAGGCUAAGUCGUGCAAAAUUUAAUGGAAAAGUUGAGUUGAGGGAUCCCCCAGCAGUACUAACAGGAUCAGAAAUAUUGGAACAACUUGAAGGAAUCAAUGUUUCAUUUGGGAAAGAACUACAGGAAAGUAAAGGUAAGAGGAUUCGACGAAAAGUUGUUGAAGAAGAUGAUGAAUCGGGGAUGUGGAGGAAGAAAAGCAUAUUUUUUGAUCUUCCUUAUUGGGAGUCUAACUUAUUGCGCCAUAAUCUAGAUGUUAUGCACAUUGAAAAGAAUGUUUGCAACAAUGUAUUAUACACUUUGCUCAAUGAGACUGGAAGGUCAAAGGAUAAUCUCAAAGCUCGUAAGAAUCUUAAAGAAAUGGGUAUAAGGAAAGAUUUAUGGCCAGAUGAAAAUGGGAGAUAUCAUCCAUCUUUGUUCACAAUGUCAAAUUCCAUGAAAGAUAUAUUCUUGCGUACUAUAAAGAAUAUUAGAGUACCAGAUGGUCUCUCGAGUAACAUUUCACGGUGUGUUGACCUGAAGCAAAGAAAGCUUUCUGGAUUGAAGAGCCAUGAUUGCCACGUUCUUAUGCAGCAACUAGAGGGAUAUGUGGCUGAAGAAGCCACCACGUGUUGA